UUUGAUGUCUCCUCUUGUGUGUCCAACGUGCAGCUAAAGUUCUCCUGUAAUGUGCUCUGUAAUUUUACCAACAAAAUACAUAAUGUCAGCUGCGGAGAGCCGAGAGGAAAACAGCGUGCAGGAGGAAGAGCCGAAAGGGACAAAAAGAAAGAUUUCUCUCGCAAAUUGUGGUGUGUGUGGCUCUGAGGAGGCAAAGUACAGGUGUCCCGCCUGUCUUACACAUUCCUGCAGCAUGGUGUGUGUGAAGAAACACAAGGAAGAUUCUGGAUGCAGUGGAGUCAGAGAUAAAACUGCCUUCGUUACCCUCUCACAGUUUGAUGAAAUGACACUUCUCAGUGACUACAGAUUCCUGGAGGACACAGGACGAUUUGCUGAUGGUGCCACCAGGGACAAGCUCACCCAGACUCCUCGUACCACUUUAAAAGCAAAGAAGCUGGCAGCCAAUGCCAGAAAGAUGAACAUCACGCUGAGGUUCCUCCCCAUCACCUUCAGUAAGAGCCGAGAAAACUCCACUUUCUUCCUUGCAAAGGAAAAACAGUUCUUGUGGCACCUGAAGCUCAUCUUUCCUCAGAGCAGCACAGAGUUCAGUCAGAGGAGGGUGUCUGACAGACAAACCUUGAACCAGAUCUUGACCCCUUAUAUCCACCCUACAGAGUCGGACCCUGUGACACGCCAAAAGUUGAAGAUGUAUGUGCACACUCCAUUUGAUCAUGUGAAAGUCUUCAUGAAGGCAGAGGGGAGAAAGGCCAACUCUGUGAGGUAUCAUGAGUUGGACAUUCAGAAGAGCCUAAGGGAGAACCUGAGCUACAAAACAUUGAUUGAAUAUCCUGUGCUGCAUGUUGUACGCCGAGAAUAUUGGAAGGACUAUCCACUGAAAGGACCAGCUGAGCCUCCGUCAGCCUGGAGUAGUGUUGCAACAAAGAGUGAAGGGGUGGACCGAAAGAAGGAGGAUCUGACCCAAGUUACACCAUCCCUGCAAGGGUCUCGCACCACAGGCAGAACCAACAUCUGGACGGAAACCCCAGAGACCAGCCCUGAAACUGAACCACCACAGGAGAAAAGGGCCAAGAGAGAAUCAGUGGAGGAAGAGCUAGAAGAGGGAGAGAUUGUAGACAGUAGUGAAGAGGAUAAAGAGGAUGAGGAAGGAAAAGCUGAAGAAAAUACUCCAUGUGAUAAUGGCUGUGGUGAUACCAAAAGCCUGGCUAAUGACGUAAAGGUGAUUAAGGCUGAACUAGGAGUCACUGUGGACAUUAAUGUUGAUGGUGGCAUUAAUAAACACAGUGACAGCAGCAGGGAUCAGUGUGUAAAUGAGGACAUCACUGUGGCAGCUGAAUUAUCAUCAGUGACACCAGAGAGUGCUGAGGUCAGCAUGUCUAAAGACGAUGCACUGAAAUAGUCGGGGCCUGUUCAUACCCAUCACUGUCGAGAUGAGAAUGAAUCAGCUGAGGCUGCUGACAGCUGUGGAUUGGAAUGAUAAUACCCAGAUGUUCAGGAUGACAUGAGUGAGGAGGCAGGCGUAUCUGACAGGAAGUCAUCGGUCUUGUGGCUGUACAGUGUUUUCAGUCUUUUUAUACAGAUUGUUUUAAGUUACUAAAUGUAUCAUUGUGUAUACAGAGACUGUUAAUGUGUUUAUGUUAAUAAUUUAGGUGUAACUGUCGGGAAGCAUACUUUCUUAAA